AUGAAGAACUCUGGAAUUAGCGAUAUUCCUAUCCGCUUCAAAAGAGACAAGCUGCCGUUGCCAAUCUUUCGGAGGCUGAGUGGAGGUGCCGACCGAAAGCUAUCACCCAACCUUCCGUGGGGCUGCAGCUCCGUGAACUCAGAAGCCCAAAGGAUUUUUCGAGAAGUGGGUUUUGAAGGACGUUAUACCUUCUAUAACUUGCGCCGAACAAUGGGCAAUACACUUGAUGACUAUGGCACUAGCAUAACCCGGAGGAAGAGAAUCAUGGGGCAUCAUGGCAAAUCGGACACAAUCUUUCGAAAAGCUUACCAGUCUCGAAAGAAUACCGUGGACACUGGAAAUAUUUUUCGCAAAGAGAAGCCACGACCGGAGAAACAAGAAGUGCUUAGUAUGCAUCUGCGGAUGGAUACAGAUGUACUCGAAGCUCCAAAAAGUCUCUUGAAGCAGAUUUUGGAACACGACGCAGAAAUCAAGGAAAUGUGCAACACAAGAAAUUUAAGGUUAAGCGAUACCUAG